AUGGAGCGAAAAGAGUGCGUUUUUCAGGAUCGCAACAGCCAUUAUCAACAGCAUUCAGCUUCGACAUCAUUGUCCCGACCAGUGCUCUUUCUUCUACUGGGCAUAGGCAUUGGUUAUCUGAUCACCCAGUUGAUUCUGUGGCCAAUUAUACCCCUUAAAUCGCAUACGAAUAGCACUGCGAGAACGACCCAACUGGAUGUCGAUUUGACCGAUGAGGUGCGAGUCUUGUGCUACGUUAAUACGAAACCCAGUAAUCAUAAGACCCAGGCAAAAGCGGUUCUCGAAACUUGGGGCAAGAGGUGCAACAAGCUGAUCUUUUUUAGCAGCCGAACCGAUGUAAAUCUUUCGGGAUCUGUGGCCCUGUCCGUCAGUCCAAGCUUCCGUGAGUCGUGGCGAAAAACAAAAAGUGCUCUGCAGUACCUCUAUGAUCAUCACUUAAACGAUGCCGACUGGUUCCUGGAGGCCGAUGACGAAACCUAUGUGCUGAUGGAGAACCUUCGAUACAUGGUCUAUCCGUAUAGCCCAGAGAUGGCCAUCUAUUUCGGUUCCCCGGGCACUGUGAUGAGUCGGGCUGCACUGCGUCGCUUUGUGGAGGUUUCCCUGCCCAAUCCAUCGAAGUGCGAACCGAAGGACUCGGGUCCCACCGCCGGAAGGCUGAAAGAGUGCCUCGAUAAUGUCAAUGUAAUGGCGGGAAACACUUACGAUUCCAAGGGACGCAGACGUAUGUACCUCAUCGAACCGCAGGCCAGAUCCAAUUUAUUCCAUCGCUAUGACUCAAAGUUUUGGUUCUGGAAAUAUCUCGCCUUUAAGACCCAAAAAGGUAUUUUCUCUUGGUCUAACUAUGCCGUGUCGUUCCACUUCGUUCACCAUCGCUAUAUGCAUUGUUUUGAGUAUAUGAUCUAUAGAUUGCGGGCUUUCGGACGAAGACUUCCCGUUGAGACUCUUCCAGAGAAGUAUAGCCCCAGCAAGGAGGAGAACAUUAAUGAAGAACAAUCAACUAACGCUGAAAAAGAAGUACCACCUGACUAUGCCUAUUGAAAGAUUGAGAAGAAUUCUAGGGAACUCUAAAAUAGGAAUUCAAAAUCUUUAUUAAAUUCCUAAUUCUUCCUAAGGGACC